CGUGUCAGAAAGCCACAUAAACUGCUGAAGUUUCGUCUACUCGUCACAUUACGUUUCUUGAUCAACUGAACACGCUCAGCGCGUCUUUAGCGACCCUACUCGCCUUUCAGGUCCAAUUACCUCGUGUCCAGCGGAUAUCGUAGAACCAGUUAUUAGAGUGCAGAAUCCCGAACAGGUAGCUCUCCACAACCGCCAGCCACUGAUGUCUCAGAAUACCGAUUGGCUGCAUCCGAGCAGCUUCAGGAUGCACACGUCAGCCCUCUCCCGAGUAGUUCCCCUGACAAUCCCUGAGGACAGUCCCCUGCGCCCAGACGACGACGAACCAAGGCAGCCGGAUACGGAAUCCGGGGAAGACCGAACUCCGAGUCAGCGUCAAGGAGGAGCGGAUGAUGCGGACGUGGGAAGUUUGUCGAGCGUGUUCGGCCGUGCUCCGCUCACUAGGUGCCUGGCCAUGCGUCGAGGCGCCUAUGCGAACUGGGUCGUUCGCACGAUAGUCACGCCAGAUGGCGUUCGGGAGGUGUUUGGCCCGCCAUAGCUGGCUGUCCUCAUGGUUCCUAUGCGGAAAUAUCGCCAUUAGGUUAUGCGUUUAUGGGCUUCCGCAGUCUCGUUUUACAAGGCUGUAGGGAGUAGAUGGUUUGAUAGGUGUGUAUCGUGGGCUGGAGUCAUCACCCUAGGUGUGUUUGUACGACGUCUGUUUACCGUUUUUUUUUAUGGGAUUCCUCGGAUCUUUAUUCCUCCA